ACAAGAAACGGUUAUAUCAUUUUAAUUCUAUUGGUGCUGCUGUUUGAGAGUCUUCUGGAAGGCUUCGGCUACAGCCACUUUCGCCUGCUGCGCAUGUUCCGACCGUUUUUACUGAUCAACACUUCGCAUACGCUUGCACGAGCGAUGAACGUGGUCGGGAAGACGGUGAUCCGCAUUCUGCCUGUGUCGUUGUUGCUGCUGCUGACGGUGGGGCUUUUUGGUCUUGUGGCCAUGACCAUGUUCCUGGGAACAGGCAAGGAAAUCAAUAACUUCGGCACAGUACACGACUCAAUCAAGAGCAUGAUGAUUUUGACGACCACUGCGAAUAAUCCCGAUGUUUGGAUGGAGGCAUACAAUGCCGACCGAGCGUAUGCGAUCUUUUUCAUCACGUUCACAUCGCUGACGGUGUACAUUAUAACCAACAUCAUUCUGGCAACCGUGUAUAACGAAUGGAAAGACCAGUUCAAGGAAGACACCAUCGCCACCAUAGAGCGCCGGAGAUCUACACUGAAGGAAGCGUUUCCUUUGAUGUGUGGAUCUUUCAGCAAAAAUCCCUCAUCGGCGUCGCUCACUUUAACCUUCGAGGAGAUGCGUGAGGUGUUCCGUGCGUGUGGCCUAAAGGGCAAGUCCAUUCCUGCGCUCUUUCUUUUGAUGGAUAAAUCGCACUCGGGGCACAUCACUGCCAGCGAGUUUCUGAGUCUGUUCGAUUUGCUCGCCCUCAAUCUCGAAGUGGUCCAAUCAGAACAGGCCACGCCUAUGGCAAAGAGGUAUCCACAUCUGCGAAAAAUGGUACACGCCGGUUGGUUCCUGAUAUUGACAGACAUCGUGAUUUUCUGCAGUGCCUUUAUUAUCAUCCGAGAGCUAAUUGUUGAGGGGAAAUUCCAGCAGUCGACUUUCUCAAGAUUCCUAGACAUAUCAUUUCUGACUUUCUCUAUGAUAGAAGUGGGACUGCGACUGUUGAUAGGAGGUCUGCACACACCCCGAGAUGUGUGGCUGAAGUUCGAUUCCGUGGUGGUGGUGACGAUGUGUUUAGCCGAGUUGUUUAUGGUUUUUGAGCAGAUAUCUUUUGUUCGGUUGACGAUUAUCCUGCGCGUCAUGAGACUUGUUAGGCCUAUGUCCAUGUUACCCGAGUUUCGGGUGGUGACGCGUACGCUGGCGUCCAUCGUGCCGAGGAUAGGUGUUGUGGCGGCUAUUCUCAUGACGGCGUUCUACGUGUACGGCCAGUUGGGGAUGUUCCUAUACCACGGAACGAUAGUCAAAGACGAUCCACGCUUGGAGGGGUCCGAUUUUGCAAAGAACAAUUAUUGGCUGCUGAACUUUGACGACUUCUACAACACACUGGUGACUCUGUACUGUGUUAUGCUGACAAACAACUGGUUUGUGAUUAUGAACGCGUACGCCACCGUCACCAGUGAGUGGGCCACAGUCUACUUCACUGUGUGGGUGUUGUUCACUAUGCAAGUAGCUCUCAAUCUACUUAUUGGUUUCGUGGUGGACACAUACCAAUACGAGAACGAGCGCGUGAAAAACAGUCCCACUUUUGAAGUGUUUAUGACUAAAGAGGGCAGUCCCAGUCACAUCCGCCGCGUUUACGAAGAACGCACGAGUGAAGAAGUCAAGAAGCUGGAAGCGGAGAUGGAGGAGAACGGCGAAAGCUACUUCAGCAUCUCACUCAAAUCCUUCAUGACAGGCGAUGAUUGGCUCAGGGAUAUGUUCAUGCGCGAUGUCUUCCAAGUUCUCGAUCCAGAUGACUGGGAGGCUGCUAAGUUUUCAAAUUUAAGGUCACAUGCGUCGGCCGACAACCGCACAACGCGACACUCGCACACGGAUGUACUCAGUGGCACGGAUGGAGGGCCAUCGGAAAACGAUCCUCAAGUAGACGCAUCAGUGGUGCGCAGAGUAAAUAGCGAAUCCACCAUUGUAUGAUAAAGACUUGUGCAACAUAUCAUUCGUCACACGCACGAGGGAUACUACAGGGAAA